AUGCCAACUGUGCCCAUCCCGCUUAUAGCCCGGAAUGCCCGGAGUGGCGUAAAUGGGACCGGAUUGCCCGAGCAACUAUUUCAUACUGCUAAAGGCACUGAAGUCUUCUCACAAAAGCAUUCAAGGGCUAUAAAAAUUGCACAAGUCAACCUUGGCAGAAGAUACGCAGCGUUACAGGAAUGCCUAAAAACGGCGGAAUCGCAAGGAAUAGCAAUAAUCCUAGUACAGGAACCUUACGUAGGUGCUAAGGCACAUGUUACUUGUAGGCACAGAGUUAUCCAAAAGCAAACUAAUGACACUCAAAAACCCGUCAAAUCGGCGGUCAUUGUCGUUGAUUCGUCCGUACAGUACACUGUAAAUCCUGAUAUUAUUACAGAAAAUAUUGAUGCAUGUAAAUUUAAAAUAUGUAACCACUAUGUUGCGAUUAUUAACAUAUACAUGGAAGAGGCUCAAGACGUCGAACAAGACCUAAGAAUAAUUUCCAACUACAGAAACAUUCUAGACUCUGAAAAUAUAAUCAUUGGAGGAGACCUUAACGCAAAGAGUCCCUGGUGGGGUUGCGAUGUGGAGGACAGACGGGGAACAGCUAUAUCGGAAUCAUUUGCACAGCUGGAACUACAUAUAUUGAACACAGGGAAAACACCAACCUUCUGGGCACAUAGAGGAAAUAGAGAUUAUACCAGCAUCGUCGAUGUUACUGCAUGUUCAAAUGGUCUACUAAAUAAAUAA